AGAUGGAGGCUAUUCAUGCCAAGCUAAUUCAACUUGAGAGGCAACUGGAGCAAAGGGAUAAAGCCCUAGUGCUCAUCGCACGGCAGCUGAACAUGAAACUACAAGCAGGGGAGAUGCUCGCAGAGGAAGACCAUCAACGUCUUUAUGCAGUAAUGACGUAUGUGAGAAAUAUUCUGGAUGAGGAAGGGAAAAGGCUGAAAGUUCCAUUGCUAGACCUCUUGAAAAGAGAGCAGGCCAACAGCAAAGAGCUCCAAGAGAAUCACCAAGAGUUGAUUCAGGGUUUUGAGGACAUGCCGAUUAGUGGGGGCACCGUUGUUGGAAUCAAAAGGAUGGGCCAACUUGAUGAAAAUCCUUUUCGCAUGCAAUUUGAAAUACAGGGACAAUGAUCCAGAGGACAAAGCUGCAAGGUUGGU